AUGGAGCGCCAAUCGAGCUAUGGGAGUGAGUCGAGCGUGGGCUCGGCCUUCUCAGGCAGGAGCGCGGGCGCGAAGGGCGGUGGCAAGGACCAUGGCAAGGGCGAGGCAGAGGAGCUGCAGCAGAAGGAGCAGCUGAUGAAGGCGCUAUUCGGAGCGCUGUACACGCUGGCCAAGGAGAAGAUCAAUGACAGCGCCAAGAUGGCCUACCUCACCAUAUUUGUCGACUUCUUCCUCAUCUGCUUCCUUUUCCUUAUGCCGGAGUACCCCUGGGCUGCGGAUGAGCACCACCCGAUGUUCAAGCUUUUCUUUUAUGUGGAGUUUCACCUGCCCAUUGCUCACACGGGCUACCGUUUCUACCUGAUCGUGUUUUACGUGCUGGUGGCCACGCUGUUCACAUCCACGGGCAUCUGUGUCUGGGUGGGGUGGUGCUUCAAGAACGACUCCUUUCCUUUCCUGUGGCCCAUCAAGGUGGCACGCAUCGUGGUCAGCCUGUUUGUGAGCAUGUUCUACAUAGCUUCGCUCAACAUAUUCCUGAUAGCAUUGCAGUGCGAGCCCGAGCUCGACACCAGCGGCAAGCACCACUGGAUGCACCUCAUAUACGACAUAGACUGCCUCAGCAUGCCGCACCUCAUCCACGCCAUAUUCAGCCUGGUGUCCAGUGUGCUCUUCUUUGUGGUGGCGCUGCUCCUGGUGGUGGCAGACCACGAGCUGGAGCCCAUGAGUCGCAGCUUGCUGGCCGCGCCCCACAGUAUGGCAGAGCUGCGCAUGCUCCUGUGCAAGACUGUCAUCACCUGUGCCGACAUCUUGCUGCGGCCAGCACCGCACAUCCAAGUCGCCGUGUAUGCGGCAUGUUGUGUGCUUAUGCUCUGGUACCAACUACGAUGGGCACCCCACUUGAGCGCAUGGAUCAACUGCCUUCGUGCCGGCCUCAACGGCAUCCUGGCCUGGAUCAGCGUGACUUUGAUGCUCAUGAGUUACACCGUGGAGUGGCAUGACAACCACCAGACAGGCAGCCACGUACACUACACCUGGGAGCCCUGGAGCAGGCGCUGGAUGUGGACAAUGCUCAUGGCAGGUGGUGUCCCCGUGGCCUUUUUUGGCUGCAUGGCAGCGAUGUACGCACGCCUCUAUUAUGGCUGGCGCGUCGCGUUCAGGUUCGCGCGGCUGGGGCCGGGCGUCAAGCCGCGAAGCCUCCACACCUUCUUUGACGACUUUGACGUGGAGGUGGCGGCGCGCGUCGGGCGUGUCUUUGAUGUUGAGGGCGCCAACUUUGAUCCAGGUGCGCUGGAUGUGGCCGAGAACGUGCUCAAGGCGGGCGUCGCCAUGUUCCCGGCCUCGCCGUACCUGCGCAUCGUCUACAGCAACUUCCUCAUUGAGGUUCGCAAGAACAACGCGUCUGGCUGGGCGCAGCUGGAGGUGGCGCGCAAGCUGGAGCCCAACCUCAGCUAUCAAUUCAGCAUCUUCACAAGGGAGCAGGAACACAAACAGAAGGCAGCUGCAGGCAGCAGCGGCGAGCAGGCGGUGGACCUGGUUUCGUAUGUUGAAUUUCAGAAGAACUACCGCUCCCUGCUGGAGUACCACAAGGCGGCACUGGAGGCCACUCGGGACUUCUGGCGCCUUGUCAUGCGCGAUGUGGUGCCGAUGGAGCGCAUGUCUGCCAUGUUUGCGCGCAUCGACCUCAUGGAGGUGGCCGCCAACCGCACCUACCACCUGGUCCUGGAGCGCUACCCCAAAAGCGCCAAGCUGCUGCGCUCAUACGGCCGCUUCCUCGAAAAUGUCAAAAACGACCCCUGGGGGGCAGCCAAGUACUAUUCAGAGGCUGAAAAGCAGGAGGAGCUGGCAGAAGGGGCGGCCCCCAAGAUCACCCUAAAUGGGGAGGAAGGAGAGACCAACGCGGGUGUGCUGGCCGCCCUCAACGACAAGAACAACGCAGUGGUCAGCAUCAACGCUGUUGGCAUCAUACAGAUGGCCAACAAGGCGGUGCAGAAACUCUUUGGGUACAAGAAGGGCGAGUUGGAGGGCAAGAACGUGAGCAUCUUGAUGCCUCCACCCUACAGCACGCGCCACAACGGCUACCUCAAGGCCUAUCAGACCUCAGGCAAGGUCCACAUUCUUGACCGGGUGGUUGAUCUGGUGGCCCUGCACAAGGAGGGCUUCAUAUUCCCUGUCACGAUUUGCGUCACCAGGGCCUCGGGCAGUGGCGCAGACGCCACCUUCAUGGGGGUAAUCAAGCCUGCCCCCAGUGCACCCGAGGAUAUCAAGGCAUGGCUGAUGCCCAAUGGCAGCGUGCUGUCCGUGGAUCAGUCCUUCAUGGACUAUGCGGGCUGGAGCGUGCAGGAGCUUGUUGGGAAGCCCUUCAGUGCCCUGGCGGCGGACCCCGGGGAAAUUGAGGGGAUGCUGGGCCAGGCCGCCAAGUGCAGCGAGCAGCAGCUCAAGGCAGGGGCUGUCUCGGGACAGGCUCAAAUCAAGCACAAGUAUGGCGGAGAGGUGGGCGUUGCCCUGCGGUUCCAGCUGGGUGGGAGCGACAGCCAGCGCGUGGUGGUGGUGGUGAUGCGCCGCCUGGAGGAGGCUCGGCUGAUGCUGGCCACUGAUCACAAGGGGCGUCUGGUGUACGCCAACACGGGGCUGGCGGCUAUGCUGGGCUACAAGCUGGCGGCGCUCAGGACCCGCGAGUUUAGCACCCUGCUGCCGGCCCCCUACUGCGCCAUGCACACCAAGUUCAUCAAGGUGAAGAGGGUUGACACUGAGACGGUGGACACGCGUGCGGCGCCAGGCAGCUGCCGCAGCGGCGCCCUGGUCCACCUGCUCAGCUCCAACGGCACUGCUGUGCCUGUCAAAGCCUCCAUCACCCACCAUCCCGGGACACUGGGCCAGGGCGCCGCCUGGGCUGUGUCGUUCACACGCUCCUCAGAGGCCGCAUUCGCGGACGAGCGCCGCCUGCUGCUGCGAGUCAAGGCGGAUGGCACCAUUGUCGGCACCAGCGUGGCCACGCCUGCGCUGCUGUUUGGGUGGGACCCGUCACGGCUGGUGGGUGAGAGGCUGGACGUCCUGGUGGACGUGUUCCACGAGUACGCAAGCUCAGGCAAAGAUUUGGGGCAAGCCCUCACGGCGUUGCUCAUGCGCAGCAACGCGCACCCGGGCACCAGCUGGCGUGUUGGCGCCGGCAAGAUUGAGGAAGCCGAGGCAGACGCCGCCGCAAGGGCUGCUGCAGAGGCCGAGGGCGGGGGCGUGCGCAGCAUCUUGCGCCAGGGCAGCCGACACGGUGCCGGCAGGGUCAAGGCGGCGGUGAUGACAGUGGCAGUCGCUUCGAGCGAUGACGAGGACGGUGGCGCUGGUGGUGAGGGUGGCAGUGGCGGGGACGACGGCGCUGCAGUGGUGCUGGAGCUCUGGCGCACCGACCUGCUGUCGGCUGUGGUGGAGCUGGGCGCCGGCUGCUCCAUCGUGCGCGCAGACCCUAGUGCUGGGCGGCUGUAUGUCGCGCUGCCGUCCACCACCACCCUGGACGACCUCAUGGGCCUGUCGUCAGCCAAGAAGGGUGGCAUGAAGAAGACCCACGCGCACAGGGUGGGCCCACGCCGCCAGCUGCAGGCUGUGCAUCCCGACGGUCGCGGCCUGGGCGUCAGCCUGCAGGCAGUGCUCAAGGACGGCUCCAGCACUGCUCGGCUGGUGGCGCUGAUCAAGGCCAACCAGCCCUGCAAGGGCGCACCGCGCCUGCUGGAGGAACUGGUGGCGGCCCAGCAGAGGACCUCUGCGGGUGAUGGCGCUGAUGCGGGGGGCGCAGCUGACGACAACAGCGGCAGCGAGGAACUGGCAGAGCAGAUGGCGGCCGUGCACAGGGGCAGCAGAGAUGGCGGCGCAGCCGCCUCGGCUGCCAUGGUUGGGGGUGCUCGGGCAGUUCCUGGGCUGGCAAUCGGGCAGGCUGCAUUGCUGGGCAGCAGCGGCGGCGGUGGCAGCGGUCCCGCGACGACGCGGCGCUCUGCCGGCAAGGACUUGGCCACCGCUCGCGGCGUGGAGCUGGACCUGGGGGGUGCCACAGAGCGGGGCGGCCAGGGCCAUGCACGAGCGCGCGCGCGCUUUGGCAGCGGCGAGGGUGCCAGCAGCGAGGCGGCGGACGAGGAGGCUGGGGAGCGCGAGGCGCGGCGCCGCGGCAUUGCUGUGAGUGACAGCGGCAGUGAUGGUGGUGACGGCGGCGCCGACGGUGGUGGCGGCAAGCGGCGUGCCCUGACGGAGGAGGAGCGUGAGGAGCAGCUCGCCGCCAAGGGCAAAAACAAGGCGCGAGCCUGGCUGGAGUCAGGAUUCCACCACAUGAGCGGACCUGAGGCCCCCGGGGCUGACGACGUGGACCUGCCUGGUGCGGUGCGCGGCCGGCAAGAUGAGGGCUCAGAGGACGCCAGCGGGCGCAGCCCCCAGGUGCCACUGGCAGCCGACGGGGCACUCGCUGGCGCAGCGGGCGCAGAGGCCGACACGGCACUUGGGGCCGGCGGUGGUGCGGGCCAGUCGGAUGUGACAAGCGGCGCUGGCGACGGUGCUCAGUUGGGUGGUGACUUUGCUCGCGGCAAGCGGCUGCGCAAGCUGCUGCGCCUGAUUAACAACCAAGUGACAGCCAACACGCUGACAGCAUUCCAGCGCCGCAUCCUGGGCUUGUCGUUCGGCGUCCUGCUGCUGCACGUGGCGGCAUUUGCGGCCGUUAUGGCGACUUUGAGCAGUGACGCCACCUAUGCCCAGGAGCUGGACGCUGCAGGUGAGGUCGUUACGGUGAUGCACCGCGCCUGCAGCUAUGCGCGCGUCCUGGAGGCGGCCCAGAAGGGCUACGGCUACAGCGCCGCGGACCUGGUGCCCUACGCCCAAAUGCUGAGCACGCAGCUGGACAGGUUCGAGGUUCUGCACCAGGGCCUGUACCUGGGGUUCAAGGGGCUGCGCGCCAUAGACGACCCGGCAGUCAAGGCUAUAUGGCACGACGCCACCAUCAACGUCACCAGCUUUGCGGGUCAAGAUGCGGGCGGUGGCACCCUGGUCAACGUCAACAGCCUCUUCAACCUGGGUGCACUGUUUGUGGCGGCCGGGCGCGAGGUGGCCUUCAUAGGCGCCAACGGCCGCUCCGACGACCUGGCCACCCUCCCAUCGGCGCGCUUCCUUCAUGCCAAUGGCCCGACUGUCAUGCACGAGGCCUACCUGCACUCCCUCAACCUUAUGACCCUGCGAGCGCAGCGCAGUGUGAUGCAGAUGAAGGUGGUGGUGCUGACCCUGCUGGUGGUGGAGGGAGUGGGCGUGUGCAUGGGGUCGGUGGCGAUGAUCCUGAUGGUGCUGCGCGCUCUCAUGGCGCACCGCGUCAGGCUGUGCGGCAUCUUCCUGGCGCUGCCGAACAUGGCGCUGCGCACACUAGCAAACAAGAGCACCAACAUCGGGGAGGAAGAGGAAAGUGAUGAUGAGGACGCCAGGGCUGCGGAGACGGAGGCUGUGACCAAAGCAAAGAAGCGCAAAGCAGCACAGGAGGAGGCAGCGGCUGAGGAGCAGGCGGCGGCCGGUGGCGAUGAGGGCGAGGCAGGCAGGGCCAGUGGUGCAGGGACCACGUCAGCGCGGCGACGCCCCAAGGGGGCCCACAACCUUGAGCAGCUGAUGGGCAUGGACCUGGAGACUCGCCGCACCAUGCUCUACAAUGGGAAGCACCUGGAGACCAGCGCAAGUGACUCAUACAGGCUGGCGUGGCCGUAUUUGGUAUGGGGCGCGCUGGUGAUGCUGAUGUAUGGCGUAUCAUAUUCAGCGUUUUCAGACAUCAAUGCCGGGAUCGUAGCGGUGAAGCUGGGGCAGCGUACGCUGCUGCAAAUCAGCCGCGUCACGUACGUCAUGGGGGAGGCGGCAUUGUCUCAGUCAAAUUCUGCGCGGGCGGCGCUGCAGCCGUGGCUCUCUGGGGAGGCUGAUCUGCUGGAUAGCAUUUACUCGACGCAGCUCUAUGGUGGCGAUACACUGCCCGACAGUGUUGCAGACGGCUCUCAGGACGAGUCCGAGGGCGCCCUGUUCCGCUCUGCCGGCCAUGCGCAGCUGCUGUUCCGCACGACGUCCUGCCUGCGAGCCGACACCGGCAACUGCGAGGCCGUAGGAAGCCCCUGGUACGCUGCGACGCACUCGGGCAUUGACCCUAUGGUGCGUCGUAUGGUGGAGGAGGCCAGCCUCAUGGCCCGUGACAACGCAACCACAAUCACGCCAGAUGCCAGCAACACUCGCUAUGCGUUUGUAUGGCUGGUGGGCAAUUGGGACGCGCAUGAUGGGGCCUCGACCCUGGUGGGCCUCUACACGGCGGAGCUACUGGGCGCUUACAGCAGAGAGCGUGUACUACACAUCAUGCUGCUGGUGGUCGCCAUCCUCAGCAUGGGCGCCUUUGUGGUGUUCCUCUUCAGGCCCUUUGUGGCAGCCGUGCGCAAGGAAGGCCGCCGCGUAGCGGAGCUGCUGGUGCAGCUGCCUCAAGAGGUGGACCUAGAGACGCUGGUCACCGCCCUCACAGACACGGGGGCGGAGGGGGGCGAGGGCGCCAAGCGGUCGCCCAGCAGGACCGGCAACUACGGCCCUGCUAGCGGUGACGGUGUGAGGCGGCGGUCUGGUGUGGGCCGAAGGGUGGCCCCGGAGCUGGGGUAG